AUGCGACAAAAUUCUAUUUUUGCAUUUAUAUUGGCUACGCUUUCAAUGGUCAGUGCUAUGCCAGUUGCGGAGAGAAGUUAUCCAAUUGCGGAGAGAGGUUAUCCAAUUGCGGAGAGAGGUUAUCCAAUUGCGGAGAGAGGUUAUCCAAUUGCGGAGAGAGGUUACCCAAUUGCGGAAAGAGGUUACCCAAUUGCGGAGAGGAGUUACCCAAUUGCGGAGAGGAGUUACCCAAUUGCGGAGAGGAGUUACCCAAUUGCGGAGAGAGGUUAUCCAAUUGCGGAGAGAGGUUAUCCAAUUGCGGGUUAA